UUGUCAGUAAACUUCUAUUUCCUAAAUUCAGGUAUUUGUCUUCACUCUCGCGGCUACAGCCAUCGGCAGUAAGCCCGACAAGCGCAGCCUGGGCUGGGACUUCGGCCCGGUCAAUGCCAUCGGAGCUCCUUGGAGACCCGCGGUGCUUUCACAUGAUUCGAGUAGCGACGUAGCGGGGGCGGUAGCAGCAGCGAAGGCGGCAGCAUCCGCGGUGAUGGCCGCUCAGCACCAAGUCGCGGCCGCAAAGCACGCUGCGCUUGAGCAGCAGAGCGUCGCGAGCGCUAAGGAAGCUGCGGCCGCUCAUGCCGCUCAUAGAAGCGAGGAAGCGGCCAGGCACGCCCGCGCCCACGCGCUCGAAGCAGCGCAGGCGGCGGUGCACGCGCAAGCACAGUUGGCGGCAGCGAAGGCGCGCGCGGCGGCCGCUCAGAAGAUCGCCGCGGCCCGAGAGGCGGCGGCUGCCCGCGCUAUCCAGCAAGCGGCGCAUAACCAGGCUGCCAGGCUGCACAAUGCUGACCUAGAAUCAGUGAAGCUGUCGGUGCUGUCAAGCUCUGGGGCCGCCGGCGCCGCCGGUGCAGCACACCACGCCGCCUCUGCCGCCGCGGCCGCGCUGCAGCCCUCCUGGGCGCCCUGGGCCUGGCCCGCGCCCACCUGGACACCGCCUGCACAUGGAGCUUGGGCUUGGUCUUGA